AUGGCGGCUCCGUUUGCCAACUUAUACACCCAUCGAAAGGUGGCCGAGGCUGCCGCCAAAGCGUGCGACGUCUGCUACAAGCCCAGCACAUCGGUGCUCAUCACGCCAGACAAAAAGGAUUUCUUCUACAUCUGCCCCGUGCACCUAAAGGAUCGUAGCUUUUGUAGUCCCAAGAUUGACGAAGAUGCGGUCAAGGCCAAGCGGGAGAAGGAGUUGGCUGAGGAGAAGGAGAAGUUGAAGAAGGAAUAUGAAGAGAGGCAGCGUAAGAAGAAGGAAAAGGAGAAGGAGAAGGAGAAAGAGAAGGAAAAGGGUAAAGACAAGAAAGAUAAGGACAAGGACAAAGACAAGGACAAGGACAAAGAAAAGAAGGAGGAUAAGGAUGAAGAUGAAGAAAAGAGCACUGGUGAAGAGACUCCUAAAGAGGAGGAAGAGCCGCGCGUUUUUGAACUCAAGAGUGUCUUCUACCAGCAGCGGUUACAACGCAAGCGUCAAGCAGAAGCUGCCAAGCGAGACCGCGAAAGAGCAUCUCAACCCAAUUACUUCCCAUCUGUACCGACUGGAGCACCUAAACGAUAA